CCGCCCCGGGCGCGUACCCCGCUGCCCCGGGACCUCGGCCUCCGGCUCCCCGCCGCCCUUCCGUCAACGCCUCGUCCGCCCGCGCGCCCACCCAUGGCCAGGAAGGUGCUCUCGCUGCUGCUGCCCUUGCUGCUGGCCGCCGUGGGCCUCGCAGGCCUCCUGCUGCUGUGCAUCCCCACCCGCGACGUCCGGGAGCCGCCCGCCCUCAAGUAUGGCAUUGUCCUGGAUGCUGGCUCUUCCCACACAUCCAUGUUCAUCUACAAGUGGCCGGCAGACAAGGAGAAUGACACAGGCAUCGUGGGCCAGCACAGCUCCUGUAAUGUGCACGGUGGGGGCAUCUCCAGCUAUGCAGACAACCCUUCCGGGGCCGGGCAGAGUCUUGUCAAAUGUCUGGACCAGGCGCUUCGGGACGUGCCCAAGGAGAGACACGUGGGCACGCCCCUCUACCUGGGAGCCACGGCAGGCAUGCGCCUGCUCAACCUGACCAGCCCAGAGGCCUCGGCCAAUGUGCUCGCGGCUGUGACUCAGACGCUGACCCAGUACCCCUUUGACUUCCGCGGUGCCCGCAUCCUCUCAGGCCAGGAGGAGGGGGUGUUUGGCUGGGUGACCGCCAACUACCUGCUGGAGAACUUCAUCAAGUAUGGCUGGGUGGGCCGGUGGUUCCGGCCAAGGAAGGGGAUGCUGGGGGCCAUGGACCUGGGGGGCGCCUCCACACAGAUCACCUUCGAGACAGCCAGCCCAGCUGAGGAUCCAGCCAACGAGGUCCAGCUGCGGCUCUAUGGCCAGCAUUACCGCGUCUACACCCACAGCUUCCUCUGCUAUGGCACUGACCAGGUCCUCAAGAGGCUGCUGGCUGGAGCCCUCCAGACCCACAGCUCCCACCCCUGCUGGCCGAAGGGCUACUUCACCCAAGUGCAGCUCCAGGAUGUGUAUGGGUCGCCGUGCACGGCUGCCCAGCGGCCCCCGACCUUCAACAGCAGUGCCAAGGUCAGCGUGUCAGGGAGCAGUGACCCGGCCCUCUGCCGCAGCCUCGUCUUGCGGCUCUUCAACUUCUCCUCCUGCGGCUUCUCCCGGUGCUCCUUCAAUGGCAUCUUCCAGCCCCCUGUGGCUGGGAACUUUAUCGCCUUCUCUGCUUUCUUCUACACCAUGGACUUCCUGACGACUGUGAUGGGGCUGCCUGUGGCAACCCUGCGGCAGCUGGAAGCAGCCGUGGUCACCAUCUGCAACCAGACGUGGAGUGAGCUGCAGGCUCGGGCGCCGGGGGAGGGGGCCCACUUGCCCAACUACUGCGCCGCGGCCACAUUCGUGCAGCAGCUGCUAAGCCGGGGCUACGGCUUCGACGAGCGCGGCUUCAGCUCAGUGACCUUCCAGAAGAAGGCCGGGGACGCCGCGGUCGGCUGGGCGCUCGGCUACAUGCUGAACCUGACCAACCUGAUCCCCGCCGACCCGCCGGGGUUGCGCAAGGGCACGAACUUCAGCUCCUGGGUCGUCCUCCUCCUGCUCUUCGCCGCCAUGCUCGUGGCCGCGCUCGUCCUGCUGCUGCGCCAGGCGCGCUCCGCCAAGUCGGCGAGCGCCAUCUAGGGGCGGGCUGGGAGCCCCAUAUCCCCCCAUCCUUCAGCCCCACCCCACCCUCGACUUCUCCGCUCCUAAUGCAGCCCCGGGCCGAGACCGGGACUCCGGCGCCCACGGCCACACGGGGCCGGAAUGGGUGAAGGGAACCGAAUCCUGCCCCUCCUGCCCGCUCCAGCUUUGGUUUCGCCUCAAGGCCUCGUGCUCCUCCUCCUCUUACUGGGGGUGGGGGAUUCAGACACCCCACAGCCCUCGGCCUGGGACUGCAGGGCUGGGUCUCCAGGGAGUGCAGCCUUUAUUCUGAUAAUCAGGGCUCUCAGAGUCCCCUCCUACCCCCACCCUCCGGAGUCCCAGUCUGUAUUGGGGCGGGGAGUCAGAGCCGACAGGCUGGGAGCCAGCCCAGCACCUACUUGUAAACAUUUGUAAUAAAGAGUUUUUCCUA